GCCAAAAUAUGCAUAGCAAAAAUUUUCUCAACACAUUUUUCGGCUCGGUUGCGUAUUAAAAUUUUGUAAGCUACCAUUCUUUUAUAAUUAUUCAUAUAUAGUGAGCAUAUUACAAUGGACGAAUUAAUGAAGCUUGUAGAGCAGGUAUCUCAAGAAGAGACUUCCUAUGAGGAACAGCUUGAAUAUCGAAAAACCUUGCUUCUGAAGCAACGAGAGGUUGACGAUUUUAAUAAGAUCGCAGCUGAAAUUAAGAAAUUCAGUCUGCAGCUCAGACAGGAAGAUCAACGGGCACUACAUGAGGCGAAGAAAACGCAAAAGCUGUGCCACAAGCUGGACGAACUGAAAAUCGAAGUGCAAGAUAUUAUUGAUCAGAACAUAUGGUACGCGAUGACCGCAAUGAACGAACAGUGUCAUCGCAGAACCCAAAAAGAAAAACAGCGUGAGCAAAAAGCUCAGAAGAUCUGCGAAAUGAAAGAAAAAUUACAAAAAUAUCAGCAAAUACAACAACAUUUCCAAAAUUCUAAAGGACAGAUUAUGCUGCGUGAAGCCAACGAACAACUGGAGGAGGAGCGACGCAAGUUGGACAGAUCGCGUGCAGAAAUUGAAUCUAUCUGUAUCGCAAAAAGGAAGCAGGAACAGAAAGAGUGGAGUGAAAUUACGACGAUGUUUGUACAAAUCGGUAAAUUGCACGUAGAUAUUAAAGCACGGGACAAAGAUAAUGACACUAUUAUACAGAACAAUGAACUUAUGAAAGUUAAAAUUAAUCUUCUCAAAGACGAGAUUGAACAAAGAAACCUACAGGAAGCGGAAGAAGUGAAACGCCGCGAGAAUGAAAUGCAAGAACGUGUUCUAAUGCCAAUGAAGAUUGUACACGCGGACAUAGCGCAGGAUCCGUUCAAAAAUCCCAACGAUUUUCCUGCGCUCGCUGACAAAAUUGAUUUCAGGCGACAAACGUCCCAAAAUAUAUUUAAGCGUCCGAAAUGUAUCGAGUUGCGCAAAUAUAAGAAAAAGAAUAAACCUAGAGCGGCUGCACUGUUGAACAUUAAAAUGCAACUAAAUCAGCCUGUUGUUAAAGCUUUCAAGUUACCUAUCGCAGAGAAAACUCUCAAAUUAUCGACUGAGCAGCCUAAAGUUACUAAGGAGCAUUCUCAAAACGAAAAUAGUGUCAAAACUGGUACAACAACCAAGAAGGCUGAAAGGGUUUCAACCGAGAAGCAAGUAGGAAUUGCCACAGAUCAACGGGCAUUGAACCGAGUCAAACCCCAAGCAGAUUCUGAUCAUACAUCACAGAAGAAACCAACACAACCUGUUAAACGUAAAUCAACAGAAGUUGAUCUAAAUAACAAUAAAGCGCUGCCAACUUGUAGUGUGCAGAAUCAACAGAGCUCAAAGCGAACGAAACCGUCCAAGUCUCAACCUGAAUCAGCAAGUGCUCUGAAGACUUACAUACCACAUGAUCAUUCAUCGGAAAAACGACUAACCGCACAUACACAACCGGCUAGUAAGGAACGUCAUCAGCUCUCCCAGAUGCCUUCGUCAGCGCCGUCUUCUGUACAAGUUCAGAAGAUUACACCCAAACACCCGUCCGUUGAAGUACAAGAAAAUGUCUUCCCUGAUGCAAAGCCUCGGACGCAAGAGCACAAAUCAAAACGUCAAGAGAUCAUUGCGGUAGAAAACCCUAAUCUACCCGUUUCACCGCCAUUGCAGCGUCAUCCUGCACAGCAGGAAGCGGAUCAACUUUCUGAUCCGAAGAGCGUCCAGUCAGAGGGGGACAACGGAUCGAAUGAAAGUGUUUCUCCACCUGGAGCGCCCCGCCAACAUAAAGGCAAAGACUCGUACGAUGCAAUCAGUUUGACCAGCAGCGUAUCGUCGUUCGAUAUGGAAACCCGGGGCGCUAGCAGUGACUUCGACUUCCAAUUGUCUCCAGCUGGUGAAACAUUACCGAACAAUACUGUAUGCGGUGAUGGUAGUGCAGGGAGCGAUUUAGAUUUUGAUUUUUUGGGUUCCCCCCAGCAACAGAAUCCUUCAGGAACAUCACAAAAAAAUAACGAAGCUUUCGAUUUCCUUGAAGCCGAUGACAGCGGCGCUGGAUUCGACUUUUUCUAAGAACACGUAAACCGAAACAAUCUUCGCACAUUAUGUUAUGCAUAGUUUGCUGGAAAGUAAUUCUAGUCAAGAACAAAUAUCUGGAAGGUUUCGAUAUUAUUCGGUACAUUUAUGGAACUGUACCAAGAUGCAAUA